AUGGCUCUCCUUCUCUUUGCCGGCAAUCCCACCACUCCCUUCUUCUCACUUUCGUCUUCAUCGAUUCAUUCUGCAAUUACUGCCCACCCACUUUCCAGGUCGUGCAACCAUUUGGCUUGCCUAAAGCCAAAAUUAGAUGUCGGGUACAGAACUCUAACUCCAUUUAUUCUCAAAAGGAGAGGUUCAUUGAUUGUUAAAGUAUCUUCUGAUGUUGAUGGGGUAGGCUCCACUGAUCGGGAGUCUCCUGCCCCUCCAUCAGAAAGUAAUGAGGAAAAUGUGCCCAUUGAGAACAUUCCUCUGGAAUCCAAGUUACAGCUGAAGCUCGAGCAGAAGAUGAGAAUGAUGGCAGCAAAGAAGCUUAGGCUAAGGAGAAAGAGGCUUGUUAGGAAGCGUCACCUGAGGAAGAAGGGACGAUGGCCUCCUUCAAAGUUGAAGAAGAACAAGAAUGUGUAA